UGUACCAGCACAAUUCAAAGUCUAGUGUCCAACCGUCAAGAUGCAACUGCUGCCAAUUCUUGUGCUCCUGGCUCUGGUCAUCUGUGCCGCCUGCAAGAACCACGAGGAAUGGGGAGGACACCGACCAAGUGACUACGAUCCCAGGCCAUAUUCGAGGCAAUUUUAAAUCUAUGGGAAACGCUUUCAAUUUGCUGAUAAAUCAACUAAGUUAAUUUGACUUUAAAAUAUUUCAAAAGCUGAUUAUAAUCAACCUAAAAGAAUUUAUUUGGAGAUGAAUAAUAAACAAUACCACAUCGUAGAAAUUAA